CGUUAUAGAGCCUGCAGAUGCAGAGGCUGCAGGUCCUGGGGUCAAGCUGGAGAGGUCUGAAGGAGAGGAGGACCCACGACACAGCAGAAACAUCCAAACUGGAGCGGCUGGAGCGCCCCCUGUAGCCACGGAGGACCCCACCACAACCCUAGUGCCGCCCAGGAUCCGACGCAGCAUCACAGAGGACAGUGGAACGCAGAACGCUGUCCUCAAGUCAGAGACAGACACAGAGACUUUAACUGUAACACAAAGGCUUUUACACACAGGAUCUGACCACAGGUCAGACCCAGAGAUACUGGAGCUGGGGGGACUGGGCUGUCGUUCUGCUCCCGGCUCAGAGUAUUUACUUUACGGUAACCCGAGGACAGUUCUGUCCCAUCAGGACUCCGGUGACGCAUUACAGACUGGCAAUGAUCCAUCUUGUUCUUACACUGCAGAGACAGGGAUGAUACCUGGUGACAUGCCUGUGGGCUUAGAUACACAGACUAAUCCAAUGAGAGGGGACUGGAACCGGUACAGUACUAGUGUGUACUCUGAAGACUGCCUGGAUGAGAAAGGGGAGGGUCUGGCCUUAGAUGAUGUGACUGUGAAAGUGGAGGGCGACYCUCCUCUGACAUGGAAUGAAGUCGAGACUCAUUUAGGAGGACACUCGCAGGACAACAGCAGUGACUUCUUAGACUACAGGGAAAACUUAGAGUCAAAUCUAAAUGUCACAACCAARUCCUCUUUACACUCAGUGUCCAUGUCAAUGGCACCUUCCGAUUCACAAGGCCUGUUCGAUCAGGUAUUGAACUCAAAUGACCAAAGGUCCAAGGCUCGGGGAGGGGGAGCAAAAACUYGCGGUAAAGAGAAGCGGUUCCUUUGCAUGUUCUGUAAUAAAGGCUUCAGCUGCCCCCAGAAGGUGGAGAUUCACCAGAGGGUCCACACAGGGGAAAAACCCUACAGCUGUACCCAGUGUCACAUGCGCUUCGCCCAUGCUGGCAACCUCAAGAGGCACCAGAGGGUUCACACAGGGGAGAAACCCUACAGCUGUCCCCAGUGUGAGAAAAGUUUCGACCCAAUGAUUCGUCUGCCAAACAAAGCACUUUGCGUCCUGCAGGCCCAGGCAUGGAUCAAAGCUGACGAGACAUUCAAUGACGUCAUCUUCACAGACGAAUCAACCGUGGCGUAG